UUUGGACCAGUCAGCUUCUGAGGGGUCAAAGUCCAUGUUUUUGAAGCCACAGCCACACCCCACAUGUGCGUCAUCAAAGAUGAUGGCCGAGUCCAAACCCUUCCACUCUUGAAAAAACAACUGGAAAAGUCUGCACCCUGAUGAGGAACAUUAGCGCUUAAUGUGGAUGUGGAAAGAGAACACGUUUUUCAAUAUGUCACAGUGGAUCCUUGGUCUCCAGGGCCCACUAAGGUGAGAAUAAGACCGUUGGGCUGGUUGGAACUAGCCUGAGACUGAAAAACAGCCAUAGAAAUGGCGGAUGAGCCACUCAAUGGGAGCCAUGCCUGGCUGUCCUUUCCAUUUGAUCUCAAUGGCUCUGUGGUGACAGCCAACAGCUCAAACCAGACAGAGCCCUACUAUGACCUGACGAGCAACGCGGUCCUCACGUUCAUCUACUUUGUGGUCUGCAUCGUUGGGCUGUGUGGCAACACCCUGGUCAUUUACGUCAUCCUCCGCUAUGCCAAGAUGAAAACCAUCACCAACAUCUACAUCCUCAACCUGGCCAUCGCAGACGAACUCUUCAUGCUGGGUCUGCCCUUCUUGGCGAUGCAAGUGGCUCUGGUCCACUGGCCCUUUGGCAAGGCCAUCUGCCGCGUGGUCAUGACUGUGGAUGGCAUCAAUCAGUUCACCAGCAUCUUCUGCUUGACGGUCAUGAGCAUCGACCGCUACCUGGCUGUGGUCCACCCCAUCAAGUCGGCCAAGUGGAGGAGACCCCGGACAGCCAAGAUGAUCAACGUGGCUGUGUGGGGCAUCUCUCUUCUGGUCAUCUUGCCUAUCAUGAUCUAUGCUGGGCUUCGGAGCAACCAGUGGGGGAGAAGCAGCUGCACCAUCAACUGGCCAGGUGAAUCUGGGGCGUGGUACACAGGGUUCAUUAUCUAUGCUUUCAUCUUGGGGUUCCUUGUGCCCCUCACCAUCAUUUGUCUUUGCUACCUGUUCAUUAUCAUCAAGGUGAAGUCCUCUGGGAUCCGGGUGGGUUCCUCCAAGAGGAAAAAGUCUGAGAAGAAGGUCACCCGAAUGGUGUCCAUAGUGGUGGCCGUCUUCAUCUUCUGCUGGCUGCCCUUCUACAUAUUCAAUGUUUCCUCUGUGUCUGUGGCCAUCAAUCCCACCCCAGCCCUCAAAGGCAUGUUUGACUUUGUGGUGGUCCUCACCUACGCUAACAGCUGUGCCAACCCUAUCCUGUAUGCCUUCUUGUCUGACAACUUCAAGAAGAGCUUCCAGAAUGUCCUCUGCUUGGUCAAGGUGAGCGGCACAGAUGAUGGGGAGCGGAGUGACAGUAAGCAGGACAAAUCCAGGCUGAAUGAGACCACGGAGACCCAGAGGACCCUCCUCAAUGGAGACCUCCAAACCAGUAUCUGAACUGCCUUGGCAGGGUGCGGAGAACAAGCCAAGCUCUGCCUACUGGCAAUGGGCUCCCUACCCGCACCCCUCCCACCCAUCACACCGGCUUCUAGAAUAGGGGUGGCUCCGCAUGAGUCCAACUCUGAGAACAGUGUUUGAGUUGACUUCCCUGAUUGAAUGAUAAUGUAUUAAACUGAUCACCCCCCCCCGAAAGUGACCAUUUGAAUGCAGGCAGUCAAUUCAAAGUCUGGAGGGGAGGAGAUCGUGCCUGAGUAUGAUGUUUAGAAAUGCUGAUGCUCCACAAAAAUAGAAAAAAAGUACAGUAUCUGUGUGUGUGUUUGUGUGUUUAAAACCCAGUAUGUAAUCUUGUGUUCUUAUAUUUAUACUUGUAUAUUCCUAUUUAUUCUCUGUAUAGUCGUUACCUGCGUUCCUGUGUUGACAUGCACAAGUGGCAAGUUCAAGUGUGCAUAGUACGGGUGGACAUUCACAACACCUGUGGAAAUGGACUUACCGUGAAACCAAUAAAGUUUAAGCUGCAGGGAUCUCUCUUGCAUGGGCCUUCCCGAGGCACAGGAGAAACCUGGGCAGUGUGUUCUCAUGGUCA